GAAAAAGAAAACUUGCACAUGUAGGUUGUGGGACUUGAGUGGGAUACCAUGCAAGCAUGCAUGUAGUGCGAUUGUAUCUCAAAAGGGCAAUGCAGUUGAUUAUGUGCAUGACUACUACAGUGUGGAAACAUAUAAAAGAGUUUACAAACCAACCAUCCUAGGUAUUAACUGUCAGAUGUUGUGGAACCAAACCCACUUCAUUCCACCUUUGCCUCCCACAUUUGGAAGAGGUGCAGGUAGACCUAAGAAAGCAAGCAAGGAGGAUUGAUCCUGAUGAGAAAGGAGAGAAAAGACAGAAAAUGAAGGCAAAGAUUCAAAUGAAGAUGAAUAGGCAACAGACAAGUUUGAAAUGUGAAAAAUGUGGCAAUGUGGGUCACAAUGCCAGAUCUUGUGGCAAGAAAACCCUUUCUGAUGCCAAAAAGGAUCAGAGCCCACUAGCUAAAGCAAGCCGGUCAAUUUUGCAAAUUAAGAGGGCUAAUGCUGCAAGACAGGAGAAAGCAGCUAAGACUGUUGCAAAAAAGGCCAAAGAAAAAGAAAGGGAAGCAAAGAAACAGAAACGAGGUUUAAGCAUUGAUAAGCAGGUGAAACAAGGCUCCACCUCCACCAUAGAGAAAGAGCCUGAGAUGACAAAGGGACCCACACCCCUUGAACAACUGAAAAUGGGAUUAGGAGAUGAUUCAUACUUUAGAGGUAAACAGUUGGAGGCCAUCACUGCAAGAGAUGGAACUCCAUCAAUGUUUGAAAGGAUUCAAAAUGACCUCUCUUUAGGUAGCUCAUCUCAGAAGUUGAAGCAAAUCAAAAAGGAGAAGGAAGAAAAUUCUAGAAAGAAGUGA